AUGUUUUGCUCAAAUAUUUUCGGCGCCCUGUGCGUGCUUGCUCUCACAGUUGCAGCGAAGGCUCAGUCUGACACAUCAACCGCCAUAUCAACCGGCACACCACCGCCCAGGAGCCAUGUGCCCAAGUGGGUGUAUAUCAGAGCCAAUAUCAGGCCACAAAUCCCGGAGCGACCAGCUUUACUCUGCCUGCAAGUGCGCUGCUUCAACUCGGCCAUUCCUGUUCACAUCUCACAGCUUCAAAUAGACGUGGCAUAUGCUUGUCAACAAUCAGUCCUUUUGGUGAAAGAAGAUACACUUGCUGUCCCCACCGGACUUCAAACUUGGGUUCGGUGGCAAAGUACCCUGCACUGGGUGAAGGACCCGCCAGCACAUGGGCCAUUGCCUCCUGUCGACCUGGUGGGAGGACUACAGGAGCUUACGGAAAAAGUGGAAGAUGGGACCAUCGCCAGGGAAAUUGACUUCGAAUGGAAAUUGGUGGAUCUCUUGACUUCUGUUCACGAUGGACACUUCGCCUUUCUGCCAGACGCCUACUUCGUCUUCACCUUCCUCAACCUACAGCCCAUAAUUUCUCUUUCGACUGACGGUAAGCAGCUGCCAGAAAUAUACCUCUAUAACGACCUGGAGCCCGUAUCCCAAGGAGAAGGAUGUGAGCCUUCUCCAAUCAUCAAGAUCAACGGGACAGAAGCUGUUUCCUGGCUAAGCGAGAGAGCUCUCAACGGGACCAUGACUUUUCAAGAUUUGGACGCAUUGUACAAUGGUAUAUUCCACUCGAUCAGCGCUUACUCGAUCAGCGCGCCUCUUAACCAAACAGUUGGUUAUUUCGCUCUCCCAGACUUCAGUCGGUUCUGGGGAUCAUCGAUCAACCUCGAAUUCAAGAACGGGAGCAAAUCAUCUAUUCCAAUAGUAGCAUUUACGACUAAGGAUUUUUCAAACGUGAUUGAUGGCGAGAGCUUCUAUCAAAAUUUCUGUAAUACCACGGUGAAGAUCAUGGCAGCAGCGAAUGGGUCUUCGGCAUCUACCUCCCAGCAGAUCUCCACGACGACCCCCGACUCCGCCCAGAUCCCGCAAUAUCCUUCAGCCAUCGCCAUAAGUGACGAUGGUCCGGCUACUUUUUGA